GUAGUGGUACUGCGGUCCCGUUUACCGGGUUGAAGCUUACCGGAUUUGUAGGGCAUAGCUACAGUUCAUCUGGGAAACCGGCGCCCAUUAAUAGUAAAAUUGCCUCUGGGCAAGGAGAGGCGGCGUCAGAACGACCAGAAAGCUCGGUGGGCGAUGGUGUAGGUUACCGGGUGAUGGUGAGAGGCGGGGGAUGAGGGAGCGGCUCCGGGGCUGCUAAGGAGCACAACAUGGGGUCGGCUGCUACCGCUGGGGACUCUGCUCAGUGGCUGUCCGUGAAGGAAGAGACUAUAUUUUUACAUGAUGGGCUGAUCCGGGUCACCGACUUGGCCGAAUUACCGAGUGAGAUCGGGGUCACGGAGGCCGGAGAUACGGACUUGGAGAUUUUAACAUUUGAGACAAAGAACCCAACAGAGCUUGCAGAGCGUUUGCGGGCAGUGUGUGGGAACCAGAGCAAUGCAUAUGCACGCUUGCUUGAGUAUCGUCUGAAUGCCCUGCGUGGAUUGUGGAAUGCGCAACGCCAACUGGCUCUGGAAGAGCAGCAUGAAAGGGAUGGCUCUGAUGAGGAAACUUUAUCAUUACUCAAGAGGCAGGGCCUAUUACAACAGCCAGAACAGGCUCCAUUUACAUCACGCAUGGGCCUUCUGCUGGUUUUCCCCCUCAUCCAGUCUCAAAGUAAAACAGACCCCUCUCUUUGUAACAUAACGGCUGAGGUGCUACUGAAUUGCCUUAGGGAUUGCCAGCCUUUGAGCUUGACUAAGGAGCCAACUGAUUGCUUGAAUGGAAUAGAGUCUUUGCUUUGUUCUUGGCUGGAGGACACCUCAGCGUUGGGUCAAGAAGUCUCAUAUAAACAAAAAGAAAAUUCUGCUGCUGCUCUGGUUGCCUUGGCAUGUGCCAGGGGAUCACUAAAAACAUUUAUUCACACCGUACACUUGCUACAAAAACAGACCGACUUGGGAUCAUUGCCUGUGGCAGAUGUAUUAUAUAGGUUGCUGCUUCUGGAAGGAGGGCCAGGAUCACCCUCUUGUUUACUGGGAAGCAAACACAUUGUAUCCUGGGGAUUUGAGGAUAUGCUUCCAGCCCCUGAUGGAACUAGCGGUGCAAACAAUGAGAACAAAGAUGCAGACUUGGGUCGCUGCUUGGCAUCAGAUGGGCUUUACUUGUACACAACUAACUCCGUAGGAAAAGGGAUCAGCAAACUGGGAUCUGGUCUGCACGGCACUUUACGAGGCUUUGUCUAUUGUCGAAACGAAGAGCUAGAAGCUGGCUGGAUUGCUUACGGAUGUGGGAAACUGCUUCACAGGCCAGCGUCCUUUGACAACAAACCUCAUUUUCUUUUCCAGAUAAUUGACCAGCACACUCUACAGAUCUCUCAGAUUGUCACAAUGCCAGCCAAUCAUUUUCCCGUUGGGAGCAAUAUGACUACUGUUCACCUGUCUUCGGACGGAACGUAUUUUUACUGGAUUUGGUCUCCUGCUAGCCUAAAUGAGAAAACUCCAAAGGGCCACUCUGUUUUCAUGGACAUCUUUGAGCUGAAUGUAGAAAAUGGAGUGUGCAUGGCAAGCCCUCUUCAUGAACGUGUUAUAUUAACAAGGAAAGAGGGGGAGUCAGCCAAAAGUAUUAAUGAAAUGCUGCUGAGCCGGCUGUCCAGAUACAGAGCUUCUCCAUCUGCCACCCUGGCCGCACUCACUGGAUCUACAAUCUCAAACACUCUGAAAGAGGACCAAACCGCGGCAAAUACAAGCUGUGGUCUUCCUUUGAAAACCUUGCGAAAAACUCCGAUGUAUACCUGCGGCACAUACCUGGUGCUCCUUGUACCUCCUCCAGGGGGGUCAGGGAGUUCAGCGACAAGAUCUCUUUUUGGUGGAACUAGCGGCUUAUCGUCUUUGAAAAUCCUUGCUUCCAGUCUGGUUUUUAACAUUUCUGACGGGCAGUUCACCAACAGAGCUGACCUCAUUGAUGCUUCUGGAAGCUCCCUUGGGCGAGGGGCACUGGUGACAGGACUUGGUGCUUGUUACGAUACCAUGAAUAACAUGAUCUGGACGUGCUCCAACGAUUACAUCGAUCAGUGGUGCAAUCCUGGAAACCAGGCUUUCCAUGUCGUAUGUCAGAGGCUUGGUGUCACUCACAUCAUCGCAGAUCCUAAAGGAGAGGCUGUAUCAACCAGUGAGGUUAUAAACCAACUCCUCCAUCACGUUGGUGCCAUGUGCAUCCAUCAGCUCAAUCUUCUGUCUACCAGCAAUACUUUGCCUAUCACAAGUUUUCUGGGCAAACAGCAUCCUAUUGAAACACAUCAUCUGAGCAGCAUCUGCGACAUCAUGGAGAAAGCAAUGGUCAACGGCGAUAAAUGCAUCAUCCGCUGCAUCCUAGUAGUAUUCCAGGUGGUAUUCAAAUUCUUUCUGAGCCCUCAAACUGAAAGAAAUCGCGAGACCAUCCGCAGGGCAGGCCUGUUACUUUGGCAGCUACUGAUGGCACCCAAAGACCAAAUAUGCCCUGAAAUUCAAAAGGAGGUCUGCCUGGCGAUCAGUUAUGGUUUAAACAUUCUGAAUCCAGGGGAACUUGAAAUCAACAACUUGCUCAAACUUAUUUUAACAGAAGGUGACAGAAAUAGUGGGCUCUCCCAGCUCAGAGAUGUCAUCUUGACAAACUUGACAGAACAGCUUCAAAACAACAGGUUUGGAAGCGAUGAAGAUGAACAUUAUAGGCUGAAUGACGAGCUAUUGCACUAUAUUUUGAAGAUUGUCGUUCGCGAAUCAUGCAUUUUGAUCACCAAGUGCCAAACAGUGUCUAAAGAAGAUUUCCAAAGACUCCUAUCAACUGUGCCUGUUGCCUCCCCAUGCCUGCUUUAUUUGAUGGCUGUGCAGAAUCACCUCCUCAGUAACACUGUCUUAAUCAAACCUGAUGAGUGUGAUGACAGUGACAGCUCCCUGCAGGGGGAAACAUUGAAGGUACAGGAUUUACAGGCAAGCAUUUUGAGCCUAGCAACCCAGAUACUAACAGGGUGCGAUGAAGUCUUGGAGAUGUUACAACGCGUGACCACUGCCCUUAUCAACAGUGACAUUCCCGAUAGGGAUAUCAGACUGAAAGGACUAGAACAGAUUACCAAGUCCACAAUGCUUGGGCACCUCCUUCCGGUACUCCUUACCUCCCUCAUGCAUCCAAAUCUGCAGACCCUAACCAUGGCCGAUGCUCUGAUGCCCCAGCUAGUGCAGCUGGUGCUUUAUACCAGUCAGACGGCUCUGUUACUAAAAACCCAGAGUCCAGUUUUGGUAGAGGUUGACAAUUCUCCCAGUGGAAUCUCAGAACUGAAGAGCAAGUUCUUCCCUAGUGACAGCAGUAGAAUGCUGGAGGAGAGAGAGGAGCCUGGCUUUCUGACGGGCUUGAAGAUUCCAGCUCCUUGGGCUGCGGGGAAAACGGUGGAAACGGCUCACCCAGUGAGAGACAAUUACAAGUUCAAAGAGACUGUACACAUACCUGGAGCACGCUGCCUCUACCUUCGAUUUGACAGCAGAUGUUCUUCACAGUAUGAUUAUGACAAGCUGGUCAUAUAUGCUGGUCCAAAUACGAACAGCCGUAAAGUUGCAGAAUACGGCGGAAACACUCUGGGAUAUGGAAGCAGGAGUGUUUUAGGGACAGGUUGGCCAAAAGACUUGGUUAAGGUUGAGGGUGACACAGUGACAUUUUCCUUUGAAAUGAGAAGUGGCCGUGAACACAACACCCCAGACAAAGCAAUGUGGGGCUUUUCUUGCACAGUGAGAGCUCAGGAAUCCUCAGAAGAUGUGUCAGGAGGGUUGCCGUUCCUGGUGGAUCUGGCCUUGGGCCUGUCUGUUUUGGCUUGUUCUAUGCUACGUAUCUUAUACAAUGGUCCAGAAAUCACCAAAGAAGAGUUAACAUGCCAUGAUCUUUUGAGGUCAAAACUGUUACAGAGAUGCCAGUGGCAGGUAGAAGCAAAUGGUGCAUUGUCUCCUGCACUCACUCCAAGUCCAUCCCCUCUGCCUCUUACGAUUGAAGAAGACCAGGAAUUCACAUACCCAUCUGAUAUUUUGCUGCCACCCAUGAGGAAUUAUUUUGAGCUCCCUAGGAUCAGACUGCCUCCUGGGAUUAUGAUCAAAUUGAGAGAAAUAUCUGGAAGGGCCAGACCCCAGUUUAGACCAAGCAUAAAAGAAGUAAUUCAGCCUGAUGUUAUGGAAGAAAUGGUGGUGUCGUGUGUCAUUAAGCACUUGAACUUGGUUGAUGCUUUGCAGUCCCUGGUAAACUACCAGUAUCGAGAGGAGCAUCUGGAAGAGUAUGACUUACUGUGUAAAAUUAUGGGGGAAACCUUCAAGAAGCUGAAUGCAAUGGAGAGACAAUUGCAGAGUGUUGCGGAGCUAGAUCAUAAAUGGCACAGUGAAGUGGAGGAUGCGCUGAAUGGUAAACUGGAGAACAACGCACCAUUUUUUUAUGACUAUCAUUUUAAUGAGAAUAAAAUAAAGGAACUCGAGCUGCUGUGUUCCAUGAAAGAAAUUCCAAUAGAUGGAAGCGAUCCCGAGAACAUGGUUUUGUCGCUGAGAGAGAAAUUCUUCCAGGAAGUGAAUUCUCUAAUUCAGAAGCCAUGUCAUCCUAUGGCUAAAACAAAGACACUGAUAAAGAGUUUGAUGAACCGAGCGGAGCUUCUGCUACACGUGACUAUUGCAGCUCAAUCAGGCGUCACAAGGAGUAUCUCUGGCUGUGGCACUCCCACAGAACCUCCAGCUUGUAAAUCAGUUUCUGAAGCCAAGGUCAUAUCUCACACUGUGCGCCAGCCUGUUUUUCUGCGCAGCAUGUCAGCUCCAUCUGACCUGGAAAUGAUUGGCAGCAACGACAUGGAGUUUAAUAAGUCUAACCCAAGGAGAAGAAAUGUGAGCAGUCAUCGGAGUAGCUCUUUCACCCUGCUGCAGUCUUUGGCUGUUGAAGAUAGCAGAGAUAAGCCAACAUACAGCGUCUUACUAGGGCAGCUCUUUGCUUUCAUUGGGACCAAUCCUGAUCAGGCUGUGUCAAGCAGCAGCUUUCUGCUUGCAGCACAGACAAGGUGGCGCCGCGGUAAUACGCGUAAGCAAGCCCUGGUCCACAUGCGGGAACUGCUGACCGCCGCUGUCAGAGUUGGGGGAGUAACGCAUCUUGUUGGACCCGUCACUAUGGUUCUUCAGGGAGGACCAAGGAUUGAAGAGCUGACAUGCGGAGGGAUGGUGGAGCAAGUUCAAGAAGCUUUUGGGGAGACCAUGAACUCGGUGGUGUCCCUUUGCGCCCGUUAUCCUAUUGCCUGCGCAAAUAGCAUUGGGCUUUUAUGUACUAUACCCUAUACAAGGAGUGAAGAGAAAUGUUUGGUUCGGAGCGGGCUGGUUCAGCUCAUGGACCGAUUGUGCAGUUUAAGCAACCAGACAGAGUCCAGUUCCAGUGAAAAACAGACCAAGAAGCAGAAAGUGGCAACUAUGGCGUGGGCAGCCUUCCAAGUUUUGGCAAACCGAUGUGUGGAGUGGGAGAAGGAGGAAGGUGGUUCUACAGAGGCUGUCCACUCUGGUCUAGCACGACAGGUUUCCACCCUACUGACCAACCACUUGGCACGAGCCACAGAGUGCUGUGGUAACCAAGCCGCCGGAAAUGAUGCCCUGCAAGAUGUUCUAAGCCUUCUGAAUGACCUUUCCAGGAGUCAAAUAGGGAAAGCAAUCCUGAGCCAGCCCGCCUGUGUCUCCAAGCUCCUAUCACUCCUUCUGGACCAAAGACCAUCCCCAAAGCUUGUCCUUAUUAUCCUCCAGCUUUGUCGUGCUGCUUUGCCACUCAUGAGCGUGGAAGAUUGUGGCAACGUUGAGCUUCCACCUUGGAGUUACACUGUACCGUCUUUAGACAACGAGCAGGAGGAUCCCAGUGAUCCUGCAUCCAAAAUUGCCUCCUUGUUGCUUGCAAAACUGGCUGAUUAUGUAGUCCCAGGAUGCCAGACCGUUCUUUCCCCCACUUCUUCUGAGCCAGACAGCACUUUGUCAAAAAACAGUCCAAAGAAUUCCCAGAAGGCUGACAAAGAUACUGGGGAAGAAAGUGAAGCGGUGGAUGGCAAGCUAUCUAUUUUUAUUCACAAACGGGAGGAUCAGUCAUCCCAUGAAGUUCUCCAGCCAUUGCUCAGUAGUUCAGAGGGAAGACCCUUUCGUCUCGGAACUGGCGCAAAUAUGGAGAAAGUAGUGAAGAUGGAUCGUGACAUGACCAAAAGUGGAUGCUGUGAAGUGAUCACAGAAGACUCUGCUGCCGCUCUCCGUAAAGCAACCAAGUGGGCACAGUCAGGUUUGAUUGUUGGCAUUGGGCCUCCAGUGGAAACGGUCAGCCCCGAAACAGCAAGUGGUCUUUCCACUGGAGACAAAAAGAAGACUGCCCAGACCUCUAUCUGCAGAGAGAGAAAUUCAGAGUUGGCCAGAACAGAUCCUGUGCGUCCUUUCAUUAGCGGCCAUGUAGCAAAUAGCAUGGCGGCAGAAGUAAUUGCCCUGCUUCACAGUUUGUUGAUGGCCCCAGAGUCGAAUGCAGCCCAAAUCUGGACAACAACUGCUGAAAAGGUUUUAUCACGUGCCCUGAUGUACAUUCCACAGCUGGGUAAAUAUGCCGAGAGCAUUCUGGAGAACGGAAGCGGCAGUGGCAGGAAGCUGGCCAAGCUCCAACGCAUUGCCAGACAGGCUGUUGCUGCGUUAUGUGCACUGGGUGGCUUCAAAGAAAACAUUAAAAUAGGUUCCGAGGUCCAGGUCCUGGGUAAAGGAAUAUGCGGGAGCAUUGGAAUUGUUGCUUCUAUUAAUGAGCAGGAAGGCAUUGCUACUGUGAAGUUUCCACCCAUAGAUUUUAGGAAGUCUUCCAAGGCAUCCGACACACUCACUAUUCCACUGUUUCGGCUCUGUGUUCCCAGAUCAGAGGCAUUGCCUCUUCAUAAACUGUCCAUUACUGAGAAGGUAGUGCAGGCAGUCCAGUCCAUGUUACUUCCCCAGGAGGGAUGCCUGUCUAUUCACACCUCACUUCCUGCGACAGGAGACGCCUCAACGCCCGUAAUGGCCGUGGUCCGACUUCUUGCUGAGAUCAGAACAAGGGCUUGUCUAGUCAUGGCGCAGCUACUGGAGGACAGCUCUUUCUGUGAAGAGUUCAUACAGCAGUGCCCGGCGGCAGUUGAGGUGCUAAACCUGGUGGCGCAGGAAUGCAGCCCUGGUGAACGCCUGUCGGUGGUGGAAGUGCAGUGUGAAAGACUAAGGAUGUUAUAUCGGGACUGUGCCCGACCACCACCUCCACCCCUGCACACUGAACGUAGACAGCCCAAGGAGAUCACUUGGAGUCCAUCUCGAGUGUUCCCUCCUGUCAGAGCCUGUAUGUUUUCAUCACAUCUAACGGCAGUAACAUUCCUGGCUGAUCCCAGCGCUGGUGGGGGGCUGCCACGGGGGACAUUUAUCUAUGCUACCUCACCAGUCCCUAUACAGGCGCCAUCUUUUUAUUGGGAGAUUGAAAUUGUUUCCUAUGGAGACACUGAUGAUGACACCGGCCCCAUUGUGUCAUUUGGAUUUGCCACAGAAGCAGAGAAGCGAGAUGGAGCCUGGACUAACCCUGUUGGCACAUGUCUGUUCCACAAUAAUGGAAGAGCGGUACAUUACAAUGGAUCCAGUCUGUUGCAGUGGAAGAGUGUGCGGUUGGAUGUUGCCCUGUCUCCUGGUGAUGUCGCAGGAAUAGGAUGGGAGAGAAUGGAAGGCACCCCCCCUCCCCCGGGUCAGCCAUCCAAGGGCAGAGUUUACUUCACCUAUGGUGGACAGAGGCUUGGACCCUUCCUAGAAGAUGUUUCUGGAGGCAUGUGGCCAGUGGUGCACAUUCAAAAAAAGAACACCAAAAUCCGCGCUAAUUUUGGGUCACGGAAGUUUGCUUUUGCAGAAGGUCAGGCCCAUCGCAAUGCUGCGGAUUUAUGCGUUGACUUAGCUGAAGAGAUUAGCGCAAACUUCGAAGCUUUGCCUUUUGCUAUGGCAUCAGAUAGUGACAAUGAUGCUGGAACCAGCAUAGCUUCUGACCCUGGGACGCAUGGACCCCCUUGCCGCAUUGUUGCAGUUUCCACAGUGCAACAACAAUAUGACAGUGAUGCAUCCUGCCAUUACAAGGUAGAACUGAGCUAUGAAAACUUUGUAACAUCUGGCCCAGACCCUCACCCUCCACCUAUUGCAGAUGAUGAGAGUGAUGAUGAUGACGAUGAUGAUAUUCCAAGGGAGGACCACUAUGCUUUGCUGGUAAAAGCUUGGGAGACAAAGGUAUUUCCAACCAUUCGCAGGCGCUUCCGCAAUGAAGCUGAGAGGAAGUCUGGACUGGACCAGAUCAAGGGGGCUCUGCAGCUUGGUAUGGUGGAUAUAGCACGUCAGACAGUUGAGUUUCUCUAUGAGGAGAACGGUGGCAUACCAAGAGAUCUAUACCUUCCGACCAUUGAGGAUAUCAAGGAUGAGGCAAAUAAAUUCACAAUUGAUAAAGUUCGCAAAGGACUCACAGUGGUCAUUCGGUCUCCUGACAGCAAUAACGUUGCCAGCACUGCUGUGGGAACAGCGUUGCCCAAAUUUGCCAUCAGGGGUAUGCUGAAGACUUUCAGUCUGCAUGGAGUGGUUCUGGAUGUGGAUUCGGUGAAUGAACUGGUCCAGGUAGAGACUUACCUGAGAAGUGAAGGGGUGCUGGUGAGAUAUUGGUAUCCCAUAGAUAUGCUGGAGAGGCCUCCUGCAGGUUACAGGAGGAUGGCGACCAAUGGACUGGUGACACUGGAUAGCACCAACAUCCAGAUCCACAGGGAGCUGUUACGCUGUGAAUCGGCACUUGCUCGACUUUACUGCCGCGUUGCGUUACUCAACAUCUUUGCACCCAAGUCACCGCACACGUUUACUCGUCUGUUCCACAUUCCUGCCAUUCGUGACAUAACCUUGGAGCACCUCCAGCUUUUGUCCAAUCAACUUCUAGCACCUCCACUUCCUGAUGGCACCAUCAGCUCCAGCGCAAUACUCAUCGCUCAAUCUUUACAACACUGCAUCCACUCCCAGAGCUGCUCCACCACAGACCUUUUCUACCAAGGCAACUCGCAGUCCAUACGGGAGUGGCUUGGUGUGGCCAUCACAAGAGCUCUUCAUCAAGGAGAAGACAGUCUCCUGGAUCUAACUAAGCAAAUCUGCUCCUUUUUGCAGAAUGCCCCUGAGCAGUUUCCAUCUGAAGAAUUCCCCAUAACAGAGUCCAAGAUCAGUAUGGAUGUUACAUUCCCCGGCGCAGCAUUUGCGGUUGUGUCCUGUAAAGAAAGCCAGUCUGGAUUCCGAAAGGACUCUUCUUUGUAUAAGGCCCCCUGGGCACGGGUCAUGGUCUAUGGUCUUGGCCACAAAGUUAAGCGGAAUGGACAGCUGAAUCUUAUCGAGUCGGUGUGUUACCCACGUGAUGCCUCCCCGACUAACACGGGCCUAACCCCACCUCCAAUCACCAACCAGUACCCAACCGCGAUCAUUCCUACUGACCGGAUCCACAUCAAGCUAGGUGUGUCUCCUGCCCCUGGAGCAGUGCUGGUCAUCCACUCACUGCCUUUAGAAUUUCCUUUAGCGAUGGCUUUCACAGAGCAGCUGUUGACAUGGAAGUUGGAGGAUGUGGAUGACAAAUCAGAAGACGAGCUAGACACCAUCCCGUCAUCCAUACUGCUGCAAGUGGUGGAAUUAAUAGGGACGUUGCUGUGGAACACAGACCUGGCAGCAGUAAUAAAGGAGCUUCUCUUCCAUCUGUUUGCUGAACUGCUUCGUAAGGUUCACCAUUUAGAGCAGAAAAAGAAUCCCACAGGUCUCUCAUCGUCAAUAGCACUCCAACUGAAUCCUUGUCUGGCAAUGCUUAUGGCCCUGCAAACAGAGCUACGGAAGCUGUAUGAUGAAGAAACACAGAACUGGGGGUCAGCGAAUGCCUGUGGGGGAGCUGUUCCUGGGGUCACGGACCAGGGCCGAUUCUCUACGUACUUCCACGCUCUAAUGGAAGUUUGUCUGGCAGUAGCAGAAGUUACCCUCCCUAUUAACAUGAGUUCAGCAGUAAGUGUAAUGAGUUCGACAAAUGCAACAAAUCUAAGUGACUCUUCUUCUUCGUCUUCAUCAUCCCCUGGACAGACUCCUCAAAGUCCAAGCCUGCUAUCUAAGCGAAAGAAGGUCAAGAUUAAACGUGAAAAGACAGCAUCUGGAAAGCGUUCAUCUGCAAGAGGAGCUGAGAGCGACGCAGCUCUUCUUACUGUGGGAGGUAGUAAGCCUGAGGACAUGUUGUGGUUUCAUAGAGCACUUACUCUGCUGAUGAUUCUUAGACACCUCACUAACAAAGAUCCACAAGGCUUAGGUGUCACAAAUGAUGCCAUUGCUGAUGCCAGUCAGGCCCUAGUAGGACCCACGGCCCACAACCGUCUACUUGUAAUUUCCGGGAUCCCCACUCAUCUGGAGGAACCUGUGGUUAGAAAUGCUAUCCGCAAAGCAUGCAAUGCCCAUGGAGGGGUAUUUAAAGAUGAAAUCUACAUUCCUCUUCAGGAAGCAGAAGCCGCCAAAUCAAAAGACAGAGUUGAAGGAGCAGAAUGCAAGACCGAGAUCGAGAAGCCCCUCUCAGUUCCUAGUGCUGAGAAUAUGGAUAUGAGCAGUUCAAGCAGUGUGACCCCUGCAGUCAGUGUCACUGUCUCAGCUUCCACAAGUCAAGCUUCUUUGUGCAGUUCCCAAGGUGUCUCACAAACCACCAGUGAAACAUCAGUAGAGCAGUUUCCACCAGAACUUGCAGUGCCACCUGGUCUCCUGGAACCGCAUGCUAUUUCCAGCCAAGAAAGCCUAGACCUUUCUAUUUGCAGUACAGGGAGCCUUGGAAGUCUGGGCAGUCUUGUGGAACAACUAGACAAUGUGGAGACUUCCUCUGUGUCAGACGUCGGAUCCAUAUACACUGUCACGUCUCUAGACAACCAGAUGAUGAUGUCUCGGCCAAUCAAAGGCUUUGCAGUUGUGGAGGUACGAUCACGGGCUAAAAUAGAAAAAAUCCGAGCUAGUCUCUUCAACAGCAGCGACCUGAUUGGCUUGUCUAUCUUAGAUGGGGAAGACGAGCUAAUGGAAAUGUCUACAGAAGAGAUCUUAACCGUAUCCACUGUUAAUCAGAGUUUGUUUGAUACACAAGGAAUCCCUGGUCUUGGGAACUAUUUUACAGAUAAAUCCUUGAAAGGGGACAAAUUGGUUCCAGAGGCUCGGGAGAUUCUAACAGAAAUAUUCAAGAGCUGCAUUCAUGCCGAGCAAACACUGAGUCUGACACCAGUAAAGUUCAUCAAGGUGUCAGAAAUGUACCUGAGCAAAGAACAGAUCAAUUCACAGACGCCAGGGAACUUACUGCACACGUUCUUCACCAAUGUACGGCCCCCCAAAAAGGUGCUUGAAGAUCAGCUGACUCAGAUCUUGCGCAAAUAUGGCAUUCCAAAGCCUAAAUUCGACAAAAACAAGUUUAGCAAAACUGGCAAAGAGCAGCACCCGGUGAAAGUUGUAAGCACUAAACGGCCUGUGGGCAAGCCACCAAGCAAGGACAAAGCCGCGCUCAACAGUGUCAGACUUUUCAACAGAACUGCCUUAAGUGAGAAGAAACCUACAGUGAAGCCAAAAUCUCCUGAUAAGAGCAGACCUGAUGAAAAGGACUCGGACAAAUCUCCCACCAAGAAACAGGAAGUUCCAGAGGAAAAGUAUCUGACUCUGGAAGGAUUCCAUAAAUUUGUAGUUGAUCGUGCAAAGCAAGACAUUCGAAGCAUCUGGAGAGCCAUCCUGGCUUGCGGCUAUGAUCUCCACUAUGAAAGAUGUGCCUGCGUUGAUACCCGGCAUGCACAAAAAUCCAGCAGGAAAUGGACCCUGGAAAUGGAUGUCGCGUUGGUGCAAUACGUUAACCGCCUCUGUCGUCACCUUGCGAUAACACCUGCCCGGCUGCACCCUCACGAGGUGUAUCUUGAUCCAGCCGACACAGUGGACCCCAGGGUCUCCUGCCUUCUGAAUGUUCCCAUAGAAAGUCUGCGACUUCGGUUUGCUCUUCUUCAGUCCCUGAACAACACCUUAGAAACGUUCUUUCUUCCCCUUGUGGAGAUACGGCAAACAGACAUUUUUGUGCACAGUAUCGCAUCCCUGUUGCAACAAGCCAAAGGCCUCAUCUUUUAUGAUACAAAGGUUUCAGUGAUGAAUCGGGUGUUAAAUGCCACCGUCCAGAGGACAGCAGAUCAUGCUGCGCCAGAGAUAAGUCUCGAUCCCUUGGAGAUUGUUGGAGGAGAUAUCAGAACUUCUGAGAACUCGUACUUCUGCCAGGCAGCUCGGCAGCUGGCCUGUGUCCCAUCCUCUCAGCUCUGUGUGAAACUGGCAAGUGGGGGUGAUCCUACAUAUGCAUUUAACAUCCGCUUCACAGGGGAAGAAGUACAUGGUACAAGUGGCUCAUUCCGUCAUUUCCUGUGGCAAGUAUGUAAAGAACUUCAGAGCUCCUCUCUGUCUCUCCUGCUGCUGUGUCCCAGCUCUGCCGUUAAUAAAAAUAAGGGAAAAUACCUUCUGACUCCGAGCCCCAUCACGUACGCAGAAGAACUCCUCCUCCACUUCUUUGGGCAGCUGCUGGGUAUCGCCAUUAGAGCAGAUGUACCCCUUCCUCUUGACCUGCUCCCCUGCUUCUGGAAGAUGCUUGUAGGAGAACCAUUGGACCCAGAUGAUGACCUCUAUGAAGCAGACAUCCUCACCCACAACUACAUUAAAAAGUUUGAAAAUGUGAAUGACGAGGUCGAGCUGGAAGCCCUGUGCGCCGAAAUUGCUUCUCAGCAUCUUCCUACAGAGAGUCCUGACUCUCCAAGCAAACCAUGCUGCAAGUUUACAUACAUGACCAUGACUGGGGAAGAAGUUGAAUUGUGUCCAAAUGGAAGACACAUUCCUGUUGUAUGGGAAAACAAGGACAUCUACUCAGCAGGGAUUCGUAACCUCCGUAUGCGUGAACUGAAAAACCAGGAAUGCAUGAAUGCUGUUCGGGCUGGUCUGGGCUCGAUUAUACCCUUGCAGCUAUUAACCACGCUUUCUGCGCUGGAGAUGGAGCUCAGGACAUGUGGACUACCAUUCAUCAAUCUGGAGUUCCUAAAGGCACACACCAUGUAUCAAGUGGGUCUGAUGGAGACAGAUCAGCAUAUCGAGUUUUUCUGGUCCGCACUGGAAAUGUUUACUCAGGAAGAACUUUGCAAGUUCAUCAAAUUUGCCUGCAAUCAGGAGCGUAUUCCCUUCACCUGUCCGUGUAAAGACGGGGGGCCGGAUACCGCACAUGUUCCGCCUUAUCCUAUGAAAAUAGCACCGCCUGAUGGAGCAGCAGGUUCUCCAGACUCCAGAUACAUCCGAGUGGAGACCUGCAUGUUCAUGAUAAAACUUCCGCAAUACUCCUCUCUUGAGAUAAUGUUGGAAAAGUUGAGGUACGCCAUUCAUUACAGGGAGGACCCACUCAGUGGCUGAUCGCAACCAUCCAUACAACCCAACAACGUGCGACACUUCCGUGCAGCUCCGUUGGGACCCACUGAUGCUUAGAAGCAAUGCACAUUACUUGCUGGCCAGACAGGACAUAGAGAGAGCUUAUUCCUGGACUUUU